GGAUUCAUCUGAGAACUAACCUUCAUUCCUAACUAUCAAUUUUAGCCUACUUCUUCCCCAUAUCUCAAAAAGGAUCAUAGCGUCCAAAUACGUUUCCAAGUUUUGAAAUUUAUGCGGACAAGGAAGUAACGGGGGAACAAUAGAUUUCGCUAACCGGAAUUUCGAGAUAUCUCCGGGGAAACUGAUGCAAGAAUAUAAAAAUCACCAGGGUUGCCUCAUCAAUCAUUUGUGUUGCUUCCGAGCUAUGAAUAAUCUAGCAUUGUAUUUAAUUUUUCUUAGUCUGAUGGUUAUAACAGAAGGCUGCAUGAAAACAAUUCCACCAGAUGAGGUGUAUAUUUCAAGCACAUUACCCUACGAGGAGACUGAUGUUCCAGAGGAAAUGAUGACGACACUUGCGAUGGAGACUUCUACCGAGACAGAAAAAGUUUGCAAAGGGUCCAUGUGUCCAGAUUGGACCCCGUACCUCGAAGACACAGUGGAGAUUAUUGAACAAGAUGGUUGCUCUGUUCCAUCAUGCCCUGCAAAUAAACUACCUCGCAUACUAGCUUUCUACGAAGAUAGUGAGAUCCUACCUCUAGAUCCAUCACUGGAAGUAUUUCUAAUUAAUCCUCCGGCGUCAUUGGCACAGUAUGGUGGUGCCAGUGUGAUGGACCACUUUGGAAUCAUUUGUGAAGACAAAACGUGGAAGAUCACAAAGUAUCCGAAUGGAAUUAUCGAUGUUAUCACAAAGGAAACUCACGGAGCGGAUGGUUCAUUCAAUGGGAAGAAGACUAAUGCGGGGUAUAUGUCCUGCAAUUGAUUUGAAUUGGAUUGCCGACAGGGAGCAAGAUAUUUGAUUUUUAGUGUUUUUUAUUUAAAUAAACAUUCUUCGAAUUCUAAA